AUGGCGGACGCCGGCGAGGGGCGGCGGGUGUGCGGCAUGCCGGAGAAGGCGCAGCUGCACGUGGCGAUGCUGACGCUGCAGUUCGGCUACGCGGGGUUCCACGUGGUGUCGCGGCUGGCGCUCAACAUGGGCAUCAGCAAGCUCGUCUUCCCCGUCUACCGCAACAUCAUCGCGCUCUGCCUCCUCGUCCCCUUCGCCUACUUUCUCGAGAAGAAGGACAGGCCGCAGCUGACCCUCAACUUCGUCAUCCAGUUCUUCCUCCUCGCGCUCUGCGGCAUCACUGCGAACCAAGGGUUCUACCUGCUGGGCCUGGACAACACGUCGCCGACGUUCGCGUCCGCCAUCCAGAACUCGGUCCCGGCCAUCACCUUCGCCAUGGCCGCGGCGCUGCGGAUCGAGAAGGUCCGGCUGGACCGCCGCGACGGCGUGGCCAAGGUGGCCGGCACGCUGGCGUGCGUGGCAGGGGCGUCCGUCAUCACGCUCUACAAGGGCCCCACCAUCUUCGGCCCCACGACCAGCGGCGGCGGCGACAAGCUGGCGGCGGCGGCGGCGGCCGUGGCCGCCGGCGACAAGAACUGGACGCUGGGGUGCGUGUACCUGAUCGGGCACUGCCUGUCGUGGUCCGGCUGGCUGGUGCUGCAGGCCCCCGUGCUGAAGAAGUACCCGGCGCGGCUCUCCGUCACCUCCUACACCUGCUUCUUCGGCGUCAUCCAGUUCCUCAUCAUCGCCGCCUUCAUGGAGAGGGACGCCGACGCUUGGAAGUUCCACUCCGGAUCCGAGCUAUUCACCAUCCUAUACGCCGGGUUCAUCGCGUCCGGGGUGGCGUUCGCGGUGCAGAUCUGGUGCAUCGACCGCGGGGGCCCGGUGUUCGUGGCGGUGUACCAGCCGGUGCAGACGCUGGUGGUGGCCAUCAUGGCGUCGCUCACCCUGGGCGAGAAGUUCUACCUGGGCGGCAUCAUCGGCGCCGUGCUCAUCAUCGCCGGCCUCUACCUCGUGCUCUGGGGCAAGAGCGAGGAGAGGGCGCGCAUCGCCAGGGACGCCGCCGCCCUCGUCUCCAGCGCCGGCGACCGUGACCGCGAGGGCCUCCUUGCGGCCGGCGGCGGUGGUGGCAUCCGGAGCAAGGCGGCGGCGUCGGCCGUCACGCAGCCUCUGCUGCUGCCGUCCUCCACCUCCACCGACAACGUCUGA